AUGAAAGUUACUGUUGCUGGAGCAGCUGGUGGUAUUGGACAACCAUUAUCAUUAUUAUUAAAGUUAAAUCCAUACGUUAGUGAACUAUCAUUAUUUGAUAUUGCAAAUGCAAAAGGUGUUGCUGCUGAUUUAUCACACAUUAAUACUCCUGCAAAAGUUGAAGGUUUUACCCCUGAAUCAAAAGACGAUAAACAAGCAAUUAUUAAUGCUUUAAAAGGUUCUGAUUUAGUUAUUAUUCCUGCUGGUGUUCCAAGAAAACCUGGUAUGACUAGAGCUGAUUUAUUCAAUAUUAAUGCUUCAAUUAUUAGAGAUUUGGUUAAAAAUAUUGGAAAUACUUGUCCAAACGCAGCAAUUUUAAUCAUUUCAAAUCCUGUUAAUUCAACUGUUGCAAUUGCUGCACAAGUUUUAAAAAAAUUGGGCGUUUUUAAUCCAAGAAAAUUAUUUGGUGUUACAACAUUAGAUGUUGUUAGAGCUGAAACUUUUUUGGGUGAAUUAACAAAUACAAAUCCGCAAGAAUUAAAAGGAAAAAUUUCAGUUAUUGGUGGUCAUUCUGGAGAUACAAUUGUUCCAUUAAUUAACAAUCAUUCAAUUCAAAUUCCAAACGAUUAUAAAGGUUUUAUUAAUAGAGUUCAAUUUGGUGGUGAUGAAGUUGUAAAGGCCAAAAAUGGUGCAGGCUCCGCCACUUUGUCAAUGGCUUUUGCUGGUUAUAGAUUUGCUGAAUAUGUUAUUGAUUCUUUAAGAGGUGGUCCUCAACCAAAAGGUACUCCUGAUUCUUCAUAUAUUUAUUUACCAGGUUUACCCGGUGGUGAUAAAUUGGCUGAAAAAUUGGGUGUUGAUUUUUUUGCUUUACCUGUCUAUUUACAAAAUGGUGAAAUUAAAUCAUUUAUUGAUUUAGAUAAAUUGAAUUUAUCAAAAGAUGAAGAAGAAUUGGUUAAAAUUUCAUUAAAAGGUCUAAAAGGUUCAAUUCAACAAGGUAUUGAUUUUGUAAAUGCAAGUAAAUUGUAA